GGGUUUUGUGGCCCCAGCCCAGUCCAAGGCCAGCAUGUCCCUGCAGAGGAUCGUGCGUGUGUCCCUGGAGCAUCCCACCAGCGCCGUGUGUGUGGCUGGCGUGGAGACCCUCGUGGACAUUUAUGGGUCAGUGCCGGAGGGCUCAGAGAUGUUCGAGGUCUAUGGGACUCCUGGUGUGGACGUCUACGUCUCUUCAAGCUUGGAGAGGGGCCGGGAACAUGCGGACACCAAACGGUGGCACUGUGAUGCAGGACUGGAGAUCAUCGUGGUCAUGAAUUCUCCCAGCAAUGACCUCAACGACAGUCAUGUUCAGAUUUCCUACUUCUCCAGCAACAAGCCCCUGCCCCUGGCAUCCACAGUACUCUACCUCACCUGUGUGGACAUCACUCUGGAUUGCGACUUGAACUGUGAGGAUAGGCAGAACGGGAGCUCUGUGAACAAGCGCCAGUGGGUCUGGGGGCCCGACGGGUAUGGAGCCAUCCUGCUGGUGAACUGUGACAGGGACGAUCUGAACUGUGAUGAGCGGGACAACUGUGACCAGCACAUACGCUGCCUGCAAGACCUGGAAGAUAUGUCCAUCAUGGUCCUGCGGACCCAGGGCCCCGCUGCCUUUUUCGACGACCACAAGCUCGUGCUGCACACCUCCAGCGACGACGCCAAGCGGGCGCGCGUCUUCCACGCCUGCGGUCCCGAGGACUCGUGUGAGGCCUACAGGCACGUGCUUGGCCAGGACAAGGUGUCCUACGAGGUGGCCCGCUUCCACGGGAACGAGGAGCGCUUCUUCGUGGAGGGCCUCUCCUUCCCGGACGCUGGCUUCGCAGGGCUUGUCUUCUUCCAUGUCACCCUGCUGGACGACUCCAACGAGGAUUUCUCUGAGUCCCCUAUCUUCACUGACACGGUCGUGUUCCGUGUGGCUCCCUGGAUUAUGACACCCAGCACCCUGCCGCCCCUGGAGGUGUAUGUGUGCCGCGUGAGGAACAACACACGCUUCGUGGAUGCCGUGGCGGAGCUGGUCAGGAAGGCCGACUGCAAGCUGACCAUCUGCCCGCAGGCCGAGAACCGAAAUGACCGCUGGAUCCAGGACGAGAUGGAGCUGGGCUAUGUCCAGGCGCCACACAAGACCUUCCCGGUGGUCUUUGACUCCCCCAGGAACGGGGAACUGCAGGACUUCCCUUACAAAAGAAUCCUGGGUCCAGAUUUUGGCUACGUGACGCGGGAACCACGAGACAGCUCUGUGAGUGGCCUGGACUCCUUCGGAAACCUGGAGGUCAGCCCCCCAGUGGUGGCCAACGGGAAAGAGUACCCCUUGGGGAGGAUCCUCAUUGGGGGCAACCUGCCUGGGGCAAGAGGCCGCAGGGUCACCCAGGUGGUGCGGGACUUCCUCCACGCGCAGAGGGUGCAGCCCCCCGUGGAGCUCUUUGUGGACUGGCUGGCCGUGGGCCACGUGGAUGAGUUUCUGAGCUUCGUGCCUGCCCCUGACGGGAAGGGCUUCCGGAUGCUCCUGGCCAGCCCCGGAGCCUGCUUCAAGCUCUUCCAGGAAAAGCGGAAAUGGGGCCACGGCAGGGCCCUCCUGUUUGAGGGCGUCGUUGGUAACGAGCAGGUCAAAACCAUCUCCAUCAACCAGGUCCUCUCCAAUGACAACCUCAUCAGCUACAAUAAGUUUGUGCAGAGCUGCAUCGACUGGAACCGGGAGGUGCUGAAGCGGGAGCUGGGCCUGGCGGAGCGGGACAUAGUGGACGUCCCGCAGCUCUUCAAGCGGGAGAGGAAGAAGGCGGCGGCCUUCUUCCCGGACUUGGUGAACAUGCUGGUGCUGGGGAAGCACCUGGGCAUCCCCAAGCCCUUCGGGCCCAUCAUCAACGGCCGCUGCUGCCUGGAGGAGAAGGUGCGGUCCCUGCUGGAGCCGCUGGGCCUCCACUGCACCUUCAUCGACGACUUCACCCCGUACCACAUGCUGCUCGGGGAGGUGCACUGCGGGACCAACGUGCGCCGGCAGCCCUUCUCCUUCAAGUGGUGGCACAUGGUGCCCUGA